AGAUAUUCCAUUUCCUUUUCGGACCCCGCGCUCGGCCACAUAGUCUCUCAGCUCUGCAUUCGUAGCCCCUGGGCUCUGCCACUUCCUCUGAAAAGCCAGACUUAACCGCGUCGAUCAACAACGCACCAAAACUGCUUUUUGUGGUCACUCCUCACACACUCGCCUUCCCCUUCCCCACCCCCUCUCUAUUCAGGAUGUACUACCACGUCUUUAUAUUUAAGCUCCCCUGAUUAAUUUAAUCACCUCGCUGCAUUUGUUCUCUCUCAUUCCCAAUAUCCAUUCCUCAACCUCUCCUAGCUCCAUUCUCUCUCCUCCCCUCCUUUCCACCUCUUUACGCCUCCGUCUCUUCUCCAUUUUCAUUCUAAUAACGCCGUCUUCUUCCUCUCCCUCUUCAUUUUCAUUCCAAUGAUUAAGUCUUGAAAGGGAAGAAUCAGAUUAGGAAGAGCGAGUAAUACAUUCAUUUUCUGUUUUGUUUUGUCUUGUUUUUUUUUUUCAAUGAGUAGUAAUCCUAAGCACGAACGCCGGUGGGCCUCCGACACCGUCCCCGGUUUGGCGACCGUCAGCGCCGGAACUUCCCCCGGCACUGACUCCAAUUCGGCUGCAGAGGAGUUUGUCGAGGUCACUCUCGAUCUUCAAGAUGAUGACACUAUCGUUCUUCGCAGCGUUGAGCCGGCCACUGCUGCUGUCAUUAAUUUCGAAGAUGGAAUGGUCACUAGUGGAAAUGAAACUCCGGCGUCGGCCUCGAGAUCGCCGACCAUCAGAAGGACCUCGUCCAGCAGGUUGCGCCAGUUCUCGCAGGAGCUGAAAGCGGAGGCGGUAGCCAAGGCCAGGCAAUUCUCGCAGGAGCUAAAAGCGGAGCUCCGGCGGUUUUCCUGGAGCCACAGCCAUGCAUCGCGCACUCAGUCCUCUUCCUCUGCUCAGAAUGGAAUUGGAGACGGUGGAAGUGGUUUCGAAACGGCUUUGGCAGCUCGAGCACUCAGGAAGCAACGCGCUCAGCUUGAUCGAACACGCUUAGGUGCUCACAAGGCACUCCGUGGCCUGAAAUUUAUCAGCAGUAAAUCUGAUGGUGUCCAUGCGUGGAACGAGGUGCAGAGCAAUUUUGAUAGGCUUGCAAAGGAUGGUUUUCUCCAUCGAGCCGAUUUUGCUCAAUGCAUAGGGAUGAAAGAUUCUAAAGAAUUCGCUCUGGAACUGUUCGACGCUCUAAGUCGUAGAAGAAGAAUGAAGAUUGACAAAAUCAGCAAAGAUGAUCUUCACGAAUUCUGGUCGCAAAUUACCGAUCAAAGUUUUGAUUCGCGACUGCAGAUCUUCUUUGACAUGGUAGAUAAGAACGAAGAUGGUAGAAUCAUCGAACACGAAGUGAAAGAGAUCAUUAUGUUAAGCGCUUCAGCAAAUAAGUUAUCAAGAUUGAAGGAGCAGGCAGAAGAAUAUGCAGCUCUGAUCAUGGAGGAGUUAGACCCAGAAAGACUAGGCUACAUUGAGCUAUGGCAAUUGGAGACGCUUCUGUUACAAAAGGACACAUACCUCAACUACAGCCAAGCGCUAAGCUACACAAGCCAAGCUUUGAGCCAGAAUCUUCAAGGAUUAAGGAAAAAAAGCCCGUUACGGAGGAUGAGCCGCAUGUUACUCUACUAUUUGCAAGAGAACUGGAAGAGACUCUGGGUCUUAACAUUGUGGAUUUCAAUAAUGAUUGGGCUAUUUGCGUGGAAAUUUUUUCAGUACAAGCAGAAAGAUGCCUUUCAGAUCAUGGGUUACUGUCUCACCACGGCCAAAGGCGCAGCUGAGACUCUGAAGCUCAACAUGGCAAUUAUACUCUUUCCCGUGUGUAGAAAUACCAUAACUUGGCUCAGGUCCACCAAGCUGGCUUACAUUGUUCCUUUUGACGACAACAUCAAUUUUCACAAGGCGAUUGCUGCCGCCAUUGUGAUUGGUGUUAUACUCCAUGUCGGCGAUCAUCUUGCUUGUGAUUUUCCGAGACUUAUAAAGGCGCCUGAAAAAAAAUAUGAUACGUAUUUGAAUGGAGUGUUUGGAACGCAUAAACCCAGUUAUGGACAACUGGUUAGAGGGGUCGAGGGUGUAACUGGAAUUUUGAUGCUGAUUGUUAUGGCUAUAGCAUUCACGCUUGCCACCAAAUGGUUCAGGAGAAAUCUCAUUAAGUUGCCCAAGCCAUUUAGUAGGCUAACUGGCUUCAAUGCAUUCUGGUAUUCACACCAUCUGUUUGUCAUUGUCUAUAUCUUGCUCAUCAUCCACGGUCAUUUUCUUUACCUCGUGAACAAACGGCUAUGGUACAAGCGAACGACGUGGAUGUAUCUUGCGGUUCCAGUUUUACUUUAUGCAGGAGAAAGAAUACUGAGAUUAUUUCGGUCUGGUUUUUAUACUGUCCGUCUCAUAAAGGUUGCCAUUUAUCCCGGAAAUGUUCUCACAUUGCAAAUGUCUAAGCCCUCACAAUUUCGUUACAAAAGCGGACAAUACAUGUUUGUGCAAUGUCCUGCUGUCUCUCCGUUUGAGUGGCAUCCAUUUUCUAUUACCUCGGCCCCUGGUGAUGACUACUUGAGCGUUCACAUUCGGCAACUGGGUGACUGGACACAGGAUCUUAAAAGGGUAUUUUCAGAAGCAUGUGAGCCUCCGGUAGCCGGCAAGAGUGGGCUUCUCAGGGCUGAUGAAACCACUAAGAAAAGUUUACCGAAGCUCAAGAUAGAUGGACCUUAUGGUGCGCCAGCACAAGAUUAUAGAAAAUACGAUGUCCUGUUACUAGUUGGUCUCGGAAUUGGAGCAACACCUUUCAUCAGCAUUCUGAAAGAUCUUCUCAAUAACACAAUCAAAAUGGAGGAAAUGGCGGAUUCAGUCUCUGAUCUAAGUAGAGGAUCAGACCAAAGCCUUGGGGGCUCGGAUUCACUAUCUCUUAAUAAAAUUUCUCCAAAGCGGAAGAAAACACUAAAGACUACAAAUGCGUAUUUUUACUGGGUUACAAGAGAGCAAGGUUCUUUCGAUUGGUUCAAAGGGGUCAUGAAUGAAGUAGCUGAACUUGAUCAAAGGGGUGUCAUUGAAAUGCACAAUUACUUGACUAGCGUAUACGAGGAAGGGGAUGCAAGAUCGGCCCUCAUCACCAUGGUACAAGCACUAAACCAUGCCAAAAAUGGAGUUGAUAUCGUUUCUGGGACUAGGGUGAGAACUCAUUUUGCUAGGCCUAACUGGAAGAAAGUUUUCUCCAAAAUAUGUUCGAAGCACUGCAAUGGACGAAUAGGGGUAUUUUACUGUGGUGCACCAGUGUUGGCCAAAGAACUGAGCCAACUCUGCUACGAGUACAACGAAAAAGGUUCAACAAAGUUUGAGUUCCACAAGGAACACUUUUAAGGAACGGGGUACCUAAAGCUGAGUCGUUGACACUUCAUCGCGACUGGAAUGAAACCUGCCAUUUUGGCGAAUUGACGCGGCCAGACUAUAUAUGACAAUGUCCAAUAAAGUAAAAGCCUUUUGUGCGUGUGUAUAUAUAUAAAUGAAGCUGUGUACAUAAGGGCCGGCUUGGCUUUUUCAUCAUACAAGUGGCUGUCGCCAGCUCAGAGGAUAUAUAUAUAUAUAUAUAUAGCUAGGGUAAGCUGCACGUCGCAAGAGUGCGGUACAGCUACGUUUGAGACGGUGGCCUGGUUGGUAUGGACGACGGUCACGCAUAUUAUAUAUUUGCAAGACGAUUGACAUAUAGAAAAUUGGAUAUAGACAGUUUUGGAAAGAUAAGUAAGGUAGGGGGUCAAAGAAAGUGGAAUAGGGAUGCCUUUUUUGUUCUUAGAUUAUUUUAAUUAAUUUCCUCAUUUUUCCAUCGGUAGGUUCCGGGAGUCCUUCUAGAAAGUAUUGAGGGGGGACCGGUGAUUCAAGUCAGAUUCUGCUUGGAUUUCUUACCCAGGUUAGAGGAUAUGAUAUAUUUGUAAAUGAGACUCAUAGUUCUUCACUUAAUAAAACUGCAGAUUAUACUUUCUCAGCUA